AGAAAAUAAUGGAUAAAUUUGGUACUUCCUUUCAGUCUGUUGAGGGUCCAACUGAUGGGCCAAACCUAAAAAAUGCUAGGUUGGUGGGAGUGUACAUUGGAGCCAAUUGGAGUGUUCCAUGUUAAAGAUUUACACCUUCAUUGAGUAACUGAUUAUUGUAUUGAGCAGUCGAGUUUUACACUAAGAUAAACGAGGACAUUCAAUAAUUCGAAAUAAUUUAUAUUGGUAUGGAUGAGAAUGAGGAGAAGUAUAAAGAGACAGUUACUGAUAUGCCUUGGUUGUUUUAUGAUUUCAAAGAGUUUAUUAAGUAUUAAGUGUAUUAUGAAUAUAAAAAACAUAUAUAAGGUAAGAAUACAAGUAAGACUAUAGGUGUGCCUUGUUUGCUUAUUUUGAACCCGAACAAUGGCUAAGUGAUUACAAAUCAAGGGAGAGGCACUGUUGAAAAGGAAGGCCAGGGUGCUUUUGAGAAAUGGUUGACUCAGAUGAGUUUCAAAUGAUAUAUA